AUGAGUUCAGAUAUCAAGUCUGAAGUGAUGGACGGGGCGAUGGAGGUCCUCGAAGGCGAUGGCAACCAGGCGCAAUUGGCGCAACUGGCAGAUUCUGUGGCCAUGUUGGAAGGGAAAUUGGCUGAUGAGAUACGUCUUCGCCGCUAUACUGAGCAGGUACUCGACUCACGACAGCUGGAGUUAGAAUCCCAACAGUCUGAGAAGCGACAAAUGGCUUCUGAAAUCGAAGGACUCAAAAGGGAACUUGCUGCGCUGCAGACCCAGGUUCAUGAGGCUCGGGGCCAAACGAAAGCCCGCGACAAGCAAUUAGCCGACGCCAAGGACCAGAUAUUCAAGUUACAGCCGACACGUAAAGAUAUCACGGAGGCGGAUGCUGUGGAAGGAUAUCGAUUGUUAUGCGGCAAUGUACAGCGAUGGGUUGACAAUCGCACCAGAGUCAUUCUCGAGGACCUCGAUCAAGGUCGUUUGAAGGGCAGGCCUGCGCCUCCUCAAAGUGCACGAUUCGUGUCUUUCAUGAAGGAAGCGGCCAAACGCGGCGUGGAUCUGGAUCAGUCGGAUGGCUAUCAUGUCAUUGCCAUCAUCAUGAACUAUCUCUGCUUGGUUUUCUUCACCAAAUCGUUCUACAGCCCGUUGGACGACUACGAGGGUGAUGCUACGUUGGCCUUCAUCAAUGAUCUCGAAUCCAGCAUGUCCAAGUUGCCUCGAGAUGCCGCGCACUGCCGGCACUGGAGGACCGAGACACUGAUCGCACUGACGAGCCAACAAGGUUUCAAGACCCGGCGCGCGAGAUACAUCAACCUUGUCUCCGAAGAUCUUGCCUCACUUCUGUCGGUGGUUGCGCCCAAGGCUACGGCGUCCGACCUGCAGGGCUCACUACGGCGAAGCGUUGUCGAACCAGCUGCAGAUCUAGCGCACCAACUGCACCUAGCCUCCAAUGUGUUUUCCUUGAAAUGGCCUGCCCGAGGAGCAUGGUCGCGACUUGAAUUGUACGAGUGCCUGAACCUCGCGACGGGAGGAGCCGUCGUGGACCUCAGCGGCACAGGUCCCGACUCGCCCGCUCGGCGAAAGGUAUCCUACAUGUUCGACGUGGCCCCCGGGCUGUUUGUGGAGAGAAUCGACGGCGGCAAGAAGAUGACAUUGAAGGCCAUUUGCCGGCCCGCCGUGUUGGUAUAUGGUGGGCAGACCGACCCGCCCCAACCGCCCCAGAAAGCGACUGUAAUGCGAUGGCUUUGGGAUUCUUCAGGAGGACCUCCUGCGCGGGACGCAAGCACGAAAACGGCCAAUCCGAGGAGUGAGCACUACAUCCACCGCCAGCACAGAGCGUGA